UGGCUUACGUCAUGCGAACCAGGGGACUGCACUCGCGAAGUUUAUUUUGGUUUGGUGCAAAUGUCAACUUCCGGUGGCAACAAUGGUAGAAGCAAGCAAUCGCUUUAAUUAUGUCUACAGCUGUGAGCUGGACAUCAACAUCGAGAUCAAAAUAGGCACACUAGAAGGGGAGAGAGAGAGACCAUCAUUCACAGAACUCAUUGCGGAUCCAGCCAAACGGUUUUCAGGUGCACAUCAGGAUAACUGCUCAGACUUGUUUGUGUCUUGCCAAGUCUUUAGUGAUGGACGUGCUAUGGCUCUCCCUGUACAAACAAGCUAUAAAGCAUUCAGCACACGCUGGAACUGGAAUGAAUGGCUGCCUGUUCCUGUCAAAUACAGUGAACUACCACGAGAUGCAGUGUUGGCACUUACCAUUUGGGAUGUAGAAGGCACUUCCAGUGCCAUCCCUGUGGGUGGCACAAAUAUAUCCCUUUUUGGCAAACAUGGCACAUUACGGAAAGGAAUGCACGACUUAAAGGUUUGGCCUCAUGUUGUAGCUGACUCUCACAUUCCAUCCACUACACCAGGCCAGACAAAGGACACCUGUGAUACUAUGUCUCGCCUAGCAAAGUUAACAAAAAAACACAGAGAUGGGCACAUGAUAAAAGUUGACUGGCUGGACAGGUUGACUUUUCGCGAAAUUGAGAUGGUCAAUGAACAGCAAAAGCGAGACUCAAACUUUUUGUACCUGAUGAUUGAGUUUCCACAGGUGGUGUAUGACAGCACUGUCUUUACUGUUGUCUACUUUGAAAAGGAUGGUGACAGAGGUUGUGAAUUUCGCACACAAGCUGACAUUGUGUCUAUUCCUGAUUCAGAAAUGCUAUUGGAAAAUCUUAUUGAGAGUAAGCACCAUAAAAUGGCUCGAAGUUUGCGCACAGGACCAGCUGAUAGGGACAUGAAGCCAGAUGCCAAAACAAGGGAUAUUCUGAAGAAAAUUGUAAGCUACCCACCAGCAACGCAGCUGUCAUCAGAAGAACAAGACCUUUUAUGGAAAUUCCGCUUUUAUCUGUCUAAGCAGAAAGAGGCACUGACCAAGUUCCUAAAAUGUGUCAACUGGAGUGUGGGUCAAGAAGCCAAGCAAGCUUUAGAACUUAUGGUGGGUUGGCAAGCAGUAGAUGUUGUUGAUGCCCUUGAACUACUAAGCCCAGCUUUCCAGCAUCCCCUUGUACGCAAAUAUGCUGUCAGCAGGCUUCGACAGGCAGAUGAUGAGGAGUUAUUGUUAUAUUUACUGCAGCUCGUUCAAGCCUUGAAGUAUGAGAAUUUCAAUGAAAUUAAAAAUGGUGAGGACAUUCUGCAGUGCCGCAAAUCGUUGGAAAGUCCUGAUCUGCCUUCGACUCCAGCUGAUAAAGACAGGUCGCCAAGCAUGAUGUCAAGAGCAUCAUCUACAGAUUCCAUCACAGAAGCCCUUAAUGGUAUACCAGUCACUGUAGACGCCAGUCAGCCCAAUCUCGAGUUUGAGAUGGACUUGGCUACUUUUCUUAUUUCAAGAGCCUGCAACAACCCACAUGUUGCAAACUACUUUUACUGGUAUCUUAUUGUGGAGUGUGAAGAUCUGGACAGCCAGCCAAAGAAUAGGAAAAUGCAUGAAAUGUAUAUGUGUGUUAUGAGGCGUUUCAGCAUAGCAUUAAGCAAGGGUGGAUCAAAUUAUCGACAGACGCGAUCUGUCUUAGCAAGACAGCAAACCUUUUUGGAAGGACUAGUGAUUAUGGUCAAGAUGGUCAUGAGAGAAUCAGGCAACCGAAGCAAGAAGAUUGAAAAGCUGCAAGCUCUGCUUCAGGAUCACGAAGCAUGCAAAGUUAAUUUCUCAUCAUUUGAAGAAUUGCCACUGCCUUUGGAUCCUUCUGUCAAGGUUACAGGCAUCCUCCCCAGUGAAGCAACUCUUUUUAAUAGCAAGCUCAUGCCUUGUGGGUUGACAUUCCGCACAGUGAAUAGUGAACAUUACAAGACUUUGUUCAAACAUGGAGAUGACCUACGUCAAGACCAGCUUAUUUUGCAGAUGAUUGAGCUAAUGGAUAAGCUACUGAGGCAUGAGAAGCUAGACCUAAAAUUGACGCCUUACAAAGUUCUUGCAACAAGCAGUAAACAUGGGUUUGUGCAGUUUAUUGAUGCAGUGGCCAUUGCUGACAUUCUUCAAAAGGAGGGCAGCAUUGUGAACUUUUUCAGGAAGCAUGCACCAUGUGAAAAUGAAUUCCUGGGUGUUCAACCAGAAGUGAUAGACACAUAUGUCAAAAGUUGUGCUGGUUACUGUGUGGUCACAUACUUGCUUGGUAUAGGGGAUCGUCACUUGGACAAUCUUUUAAUAACAAAAACAGGUAAAUUAUUUCAUGUUGACUUUGGCUACAUUCUUGGUCGAGACCCAAAGCCAAUGCCACCACCUAUGAAACUAAGCAAAGAGAUGGUAGAGGCAAUGGGAGGACUUUCCUCCGACUAUUUUCAUCAGUUCAAGCAGCACACUUAUACUGCUUUCCUGGCUCUCCGAAGGAAAGCUAAUUUGUUUCUGAACCUCUUCUCGCUUAUGGUGGAUGUCAACAUUCCAGACAUUGCGUUGGAACCUGAUAAGACUGUAAAAAAGGUUCAGGAACGUUUCAUGCUGCAUUGUUCUGAUGAGGAGGCAGUGCACUUCAUGCAAAACUUGAUUGAAGUCAGUGUAACUUCAAUGAUGCCAGCACUGGUAGAGCAGCUGCACAAAGUUGCUCAGUAUUGGCGAAAAUGAACAUCCAACAUUUCCAUUGCAUACUAAAUACUUCAGAUUCAGGAACUUCACCUAUGGGAAGCUACAGUGUCUGAGUGACCUGGCUGUUUAUACUUUUUUAAGCUAGUGAAGCAUGAAUAAAUAAACUCUUUGCAAUGUGAUCUACAAAAUAUACUCAGAUUUGAGUGUGCAAUAUUGCAUUUUCUUCUCACAAGAUCUAUUGCACAUGUUGGUGGGUUUGACUUGAAAGCUGAAAAUUAAACAUAUUUAGCUUGCAAAUUACUGUCAUCAAAGCAAUUAUUUAACUUUUUAUGUAUUAAAAUAAAAGUAUGCCAUCUCCUACAGUGCUUAACAAUACUGGUGGGUUUUUUUUUUUAAAAAAGGUGGUACAUUUAAUAUGUGCUCUGGAAAAAAGGGCAUGCUUGGUGAUAACAAACAAAAUGCAUCUUUCAGCAUGAUUUGACAACAAAAGUUCAUCUGAUUGGGAUGUCUGUUUUGUUUCUGUACAAUGAAUGGCAGUCAGUUUGCAAAGCUCGGUGACUUGUGUGCAUGAGUGAGUGUUGGGAGAGGGAGGGGUUACAUUUCACAUGUAAAAAUAGUUUCAGCAUCUUUUGUUCUAUGUAUAUGUUGUCAGACUGUAUUAUAAAGAAAUGUUGAAUGUUGAACAGUAAUAAAUGAUUUGGUUUCUACA